UUUUGCACACACGUCAGGAACCAUGCAGAUCACAAGUUUAUUAUCGACAUUGCUGCAGACGGCGGUCGCCGUGUUAAUGAUGUCACUGAGUGGUACAGAAGCGGUUCCAGCCGAAGGGCUCACGCCUUUUGGUUUCUUAAUGGCCAGAGCUUACGGACAACCGGCUGUUAAUCCAAUAAUGCGUCACAUAGCGUUUAAGCCCAGUGACGGGGCCAAAUUCCGAGAGUCAUUUGAGAAAAAACAUGGACCUCGUGGACGGGAUCUGAUCGACAGCUUGGGACGGGGCUCAUACAAGACUGGGGAAGCGACAGCGGUGAACCAAUUGCAGAACACUGAUGUCACAAUUACAGGAGAAGCUUCUAGUAAAUCUAUAAUAAUCAAGAAUUCUUUAGAACCCUUACGUUCAAAACAAUGAUUUCAAUAAAACAAAUGGUAAAAACGAAUUUUUCUCCUGUAAAUUCAAGUGAAUACUGUUUUAAAUACGUUGUUAUCGUGCACGAAUUCUUUCGUUGUAAAAACUAACUGUACUAUAUGGUUUUGAUAAAGAUUGACUGUUCAAAACCAAUGUAGAUGAUUGGUAAGUGACGAAAUUUAUUUAGAUAAGACAUAUUGCCAUUAACCUUUAUAUGUUAUUUGAUUAGUGAAAGCUAAUUUUUGUAAAUA